GCGUUAUUUCAAUUUUACUGGGUAUACUUGGUUAUUUUUGCACAAGAGUCUAUUCUAUCUACAAGAGUCUAUCUUGCUUGUUAUCGAAAUAGAUACAAUGAUAAUCGUCUAAUCAAAACUGUAGAGGAAGGCAUUCGAACUAAAAUUAACUUUUCAGAUGAUGAACUUUUUCCUCGACCUAUAAUUUUAAACCACCUCAAAGCUAUUUUCCAACCAGACAAAAAUCAGUCGCGUUAUUAUACAGUUUGUGGUGAACAUAGAACCGGUAAGACUACACUGAUAAGACUUGCAUUAAGAGAAGUUGGUCAUGGCGUUGUAUACGUCGAUGUUGUUAAUGAUUUUGGAGAAGCAUUUGAUGAAUAUUGGGCAAUAUUGAUAGUGAGGGCAUUGAAAGCUUUUAAACGAACUGCUAAAGCGUAUAAUGUCAAAUAUGAUAGACCUAUGGUUAUUGUGUAUGAUAACGUUAGCCGAUUAGAUCCAGAAACAAUUAGUAUCCUUCAAAAUGAUGCCAAAGAUAAUGCUGAUAGCUGA